UCAUGCUGCUGCCAAGUCCAGAGUCUCUCAUGGGUCCCUGUACGGCCUCCCAUUGCUGCUGUCUCCAUCGCCACACUCUGCCAUGUGCCACUUUCAGGUCUCCUCACACUGCUGGUGUGUUGAAUUUUUUGACAUAGGGUGCUGGCAGAUUACGGGCCUCCCAUAGCUGCUGCCAGGCCCCUAAUCUGCCAUGGGCCCCUAUAUACCGCCUCCUCAUGCUGCUGCCAAGUCCAAGUCCAGAGUCUCUCAUGGGUCCCUGUACGGCCUCCCAUUGCUGCUGUCUCCAUCGCCACACUCUGC